AUGUUUCGGCAGGUUGCUGUACAUCCAGCUGAUUGGGACCUCCAACGCAUCCUCUGGUCGGACCCUCAAGGGCAGACGGUCAGCUACCAAUUGACCACGGUCACCUACGGUACGCGAUCAGCUCCAUUCUUGGCGGCAAGGGCGCUGCUGCAACUCGUGCACGAUGAAGGUCACCGGUACCCCCUCGCUGUGCCUCCACUCUUCAAGGAACGCUACGUGGAUGACAUUCUCGGAGGAGGCGACACAGCCAAGGAAGCCGAGGCAGUCGCGGUUCAGCUGACCCAGCUCUGCAUGGCGGGCGGGGUCUCUCUUCAAAAAUGGACCAGCAACCGUCCAGAGCUCCUCAAGGUCAUCUCCGGAGACGGCGACACCUCAAGCUCGACCUUGGUAUUCUCCGACCUCACCACCAAGAUUUUGGGCUUAUCUUGGCAACCUCUGGCGGAUCACUUCUGGUUCUCCGCUGCACGGACCUUUCGAGAUGCAGUGACGAAACGAACCAUCCUCUCGGAAGUCGCACGGCUGUUCGCACCCCUCACAAUACGGGCGAAGAUUCUCCUUCAGGAGCUUAGGCUUGCACAGCUUGGAUGGGACGAACCACUCCCUCGCUCCACGGGUCUCCGCUGGACAACCUUCAGAACAGAACUACAGGACCUUGCGGACCUCCACAUUCCACGGUGGCUCAACCUCACCCCGCAAGCUCGAGUGGAGAUCCACGGGUUCUCAGACGCCUCACAACAAGCGUUGGCCGUCGUUGUAUAUCUUCGGAUUUCGUCCUCCACCUCGCCGGCGAUCCUAUCGCUAGUUUGCGCCAAGACCAAGGUGGUCUUACUCAAUUAG